GUGAGACUGUGUUCCUCCAGCAGCAUGGAUUACGCGCGGACCACCGUGGCCCCGCCGGCACCGCCGGUGCCGCCGCACAAGCCCACCCCGGCCCGGCCGGGCCAGCAGGAGCGCCUGCUCAAGUGCGUCCUGCUCGGAGACGGAGCGGUGGGGAAAACCAGCCUGGUGGUCAGCUACACAACCAAUGGAUACCCGACCAAAUACGUCCCCACUGCCUUUGACGACUUUUCGGCUGUGGUUCAGGUGGACGGGAGCCCAGUGAGAUUACAGCUGUGUGACACUGCAGGACAGGAUGAGUUUGACAAACUCCGCCACUUCUGCUACAGUCGCACGGACGCCCUGCUGCUCUGCUUCAGCGUGGUCAGCCCCGCCUCCUUCCAGAACGUGUGGGAGAAGUGGGUCCCGGAAAUCCGCCGCCGCUGCCCCCUCACGCCCGUCCUGCUCGUCGGCACUCAGUGCGACCUGCGGCAGGACGUCAAGGUGCUGAUCGAGCUGUCCAGGCGGCGGGAGAGGCCCGUGCUGGAGGAGGACGCCAGGUCGCUGGCGGAAAAGAUCGGGGCGGUCACGUACAUCGAGUGCUCGGCGCUGACGCAAAAGAAUCUGAAGGAUGUGUUCGACGUGGCCAUCUCCGUGGGGCUGCGGCAGUCCGACAGGAGGGCGCGGCGCGAGAGGAAGGUCCGCAGCACGGCUGAUAAGAUGAAGAUGCUGUCCAAGUCCUGGUGGAAAAAGUAUGUGUGCGUCCAGUAGGAGGGGAAGAGAUGGACUCCGAGACCGAGACGGGAACUGCUGAUUCAUGGUGGAGGGACUGAACUGGAUGUAAAGACUUAUUUUUACGUUUGCAAGGAUGACCUCAGAAGAGCAGGUCUGAAUGACUUUAUUUCACCAGAACUACAUCUCAACAGAGGCGGCGUGUGUCUCUCUGAGCCGUGCAGGGGCUGUGGCUCAGGGACGGCUUCAGUUUGACCAGAAAAGGCCCCGUGUUGGUGUUGAAUAAACAGAGAGCAUAAGACUGCGACCACUGUGUGCUCCUAAAUAUGACCGCGACCAGCAUUCAACCAAAAAUAAUGGUGCCAAUGAAGUGUUAUGGCCCGUGGACUUGCGUAUCAUAUCUGUCCUGUGGGAAAUGUGAGCUGACUUGGAGGAGAGAUGUUAGGCAGCGAUGCUAUGUACUUCAAGUAUAUUCCUCCUUUUCAUCCAAUUUGGUUUUCUUUUAUGCAAAUAGCAUAAUUUUACUUGUUCAACACUGUUAGCCAGACCCAAGACCUGUCAUAGAUCUAUUACUGAUCUCACAAAACAUAA